UUUGCACUAUUGUACUAAUCGACCGCCUGCUGUAUUUUGUUGUCUUUACUGAGGUUGACCGGUCCACCACAAGUUUCUGGUAACUUUCAUCACUCACUGAUGAAAACAAGCGACUGUUUCUUGUCUUAAAUCGCAACGUAGCGCAACCGUAGAUAUUCGUUUGCCGAUUUAAAACAGGGCGCGAGAUCACAUGCGCGAGUUUGGGAAAGUUUGCGGACACAUGUACAUACGCUUUCGGUUAUUACUUGUCCAUUCAAAACACACCUUCAGAACAAUGAUGUGAGCGCAAUAAAUCGGCUUUCUUAACGGAUCUAAAAUCUGCCAGAGGUCUGGCAUUCAAGUCUGGAGGAAUGAAACUCAAAGGUCUACGGAGCAAAGUUGAAAAUGGGAUCGUUUGACUGAAGUUUGGAUCCUCCCUGACACGCUCACAGCCAUGGUGACUAAAGUAUCUUUGCGGCUUUCUGAAUGAACUCAUUGUGCAAUGGGGACUCAGAGAAACGGGUUCAGCAAACGAGAGACUUUCAUUCUCGCUGUUGACGUGGGAACGACUUCCAUCAGGUGCCAUGUGUACGAUAAGAGCGCCAGUAUCAGGGGCUCCUGCUCCACGAAGGUGUCCCUACUAUAUCCUCAGCCUGGAUGGGUAGAGAUUGACCCUGACGAUCUUUGGAAAGGGUUUGUGACCGUGGUCAAAGGGGCAGUUCAAGACUCAGGCUUACAGAUGUGCCAAAUGGAAAGUCUUGGCAUCUCAACCCAGAGGGCAACGUUCAUGACAUGGGACAGAAACACGGGAGAACCAUUUCAUAAUUUCAUCACCUGGCAGGACUUGAGGGCAGCCGAAUUGGUGAAAUCGUGGAACAGGUCCUGCACUAUGAAGACAGUACACGGGGUGAUGAAGAUGCUGCACUUCCUCACCAGACAGAAGCGGUUCCUUGCAGCCAGCCUGGUAGUUUUUACCACCCAGCAUGUGUCACUGCGGCUCGUCUGGGCCUUGAACAAUAUCCCCCAGUUGCGGCAGGCGGUCGAAGACGACUCCUGUUAUUUUGGGACCAUAGACACCUGGCUGCUGUACAAACUGACGAAAGGCCUGGUUCAUGCUACUGAUUACUCAAAUGCCAGUGCAACAGCAAUAUUCGAUUCCUAUCAGAUGUGCUGGAGUGGAUUUCUUUGCUCACUCCUCUCUAUACCUCUCUCCAUCCUCCCCAGUGUGCAGAACACCAGUCAUAAAUUUGGCACCUGUGAUCCGUCCAUAUUCGGGGUGCCCAUCCCAAUCAUGUCUCUUAUGGCAGACCAACAAGCAGCCAUGUUUGGAGAAUGCUGUUUUGACAUUGGUGAUGUGAAAAUUACUAUGGGCACGGGGACCUUCAUGGACAUCAAUACAGGAAACAAACCACACACGUCUGUAGCUGGCCUUUAUCCGCUGGUGGGCUGGAAGAUCGGUGCUGAUGUUGUGUAUCUGGCUGAAGGUAAUGCCGCUGGAACAGGUGCUGCCAUUAAAUGGGCCCAGGAUCUAGAGCUCUUUUCUGAUGUGAAGGAGACUGAGGCCAUAGCCACUAGUGUUAAAGAUUCAGACGGCGUGUAUUUUGUGCCUUCUUUCAGCGGCUUACAGGCCCCUCUGAAUGAUCCUAAAGCCUGUGCCUCUUUCAUGGGCUUAAAGCCUUCCACAACCAAAAAACAUCUAGUCCGAGCCAUUCUGGAGUCUAUAGCGUUCAGGAACAAGCAGCUCUUUGAUGUAAUGCUUAGAGAAACUCGUAUUCCUAUCACUAAAAUCAGGGCAGAUGGAGGUGUUUGCACCAAUAAUUUCAUCAUGCAACUUACAGCUGAUCUGUUGGGGCGUAAGAUAGAACGUCCAAGCCAUUUUGACAUGUCCUGCCUUGGAGCUGCUUUUGUUGCAGGACUAGGAACAGGCUACUGGAAGAACCAAGAAGAGCUGAAGAAGCUUUUGACCACUGACCAACAUUUCCUUCCCCGAAGGAGUAAAUCAGAUUGGGAUAAGGGAGGCCCAUGCAGAGGUGUACUGCAGAGCUGGGAGAGGGCUCUUCAGCGCUCUAUGCACUGGUACAACCAGCCCUGAUUUACCAAAAAGGUUUAUUCUGUAAACUGCAUGUUCAUGUAAACAAUUGUUGGGUGAUUCUCUCUUUCACACUUGAGAAAAACACUUUAACAGUAUGAUUUACGAUCUGGGUUUGGAAACACAUCAACAGUUAGUUGCAGUUUUGCCAAAUCACAAAGGAUUUUACGUAUUUACAACUUGAUUGUGUAAAUCCAAGUCACCCAGUUGUGAAUCCAGUGGAAUUAUGACGAUAAGGUGACAGACUGCAGCACAAUUCCUACUUCAGAAGACAGAUGUAAUAUUAUGAUUUUGCCAAUCAAUAAUUUAGUCAUUAGGCACUCAAAAUCAAUCAAACUACUGUUUUUUUAAUAUAUAUGUAAAAACAAAUGAAUUUAUUUAACUCGCUGUGUGCCUUAAUGAGGUGCUGUUGUACAAGAGAUCCUUAUUGAGGUGCCUCGGUUACUCAUCUCCCAAAGGACAACACCUUACCUUAAAGGAGUAUUGUAAUUAAGUGUAAUUUGUGUUGUUUACAUAGACGUGAGUAAGUUAAUCUUACUGUUUUUUGUUUUGUUUUUUUAAUUCAUACACUGAGUUAACACAUUGUGCAUUCAUUGCAGUGUAUUUAUACAAGCAUACAUUAAUGCUGUUGUAACUUUCAUAUAAUUUUAGUUGAUAUUUUCUAAUUGCAUAUAUAGUAUUUGCAUUAUGUAGGUUUUUUUUGUUUUUUUUUUUAAAUCAAAUGUACCUCAUAAUACAAAGAGAAUGCUGCAAACAUGGAAAACUUGUUACCUGACGUACUAUAUUUCGUAAUGUUGUUUUUUUUUUUUUUUUUUCUUUUAGGCAUCCAACAUGCUAUAUUUGUAUACAAAACUAGCAGUGGUGCAGUUUGUCACCUGAUACUAUCAACAGUAGCUAAUGAUAACAUGCAUUCAACUGUAGUAAAAAUGAGUAACUGUGAAACGGUAUAAUAUCCUAGGCUUUUAUCAAGAUAUCUCAGAAAGAACAGACAGAAUAUUUGUAAAGAUAAAUGUAUUAAUAGACUGUAAAAGAACUCUUUAACAUUGUGCCAUGUUUCCUGUCAGUAUGUGAAAUUAUUAGUUGUUUUAAUAAAUUGUCAAUAUGUCAAUUCAUUCUCUG